CUUUCUAUUUACUCUUCCGUUGGUUCAAUUAGACUUUUAUGUGCGUUGUUUAUAACUAUAUGAUUGCUUUUUAUAAGACUGAUAUUAUGGGCUUAGUGUUAUGAUAAAUACAAAGUGAUCGAAUAAAUAGCUUAAUUUGAUUUGAUUUUUCUGACCUUCGAAGUUAACCCAAAACUAAUGUCGCCAUUUUGACCAUACAAAUCGAGUUUAGUAGGUAUUUUAUUUGUUUGGGCAACAACAAAUGUUUAAAUGCUGCAUUAGUGAAUUGCGUAAAUGGAUGUAUAUUUGCGAAGAAUUCGGAGAAAAUGUCUCAGACGAAUAGUACUGCUGUAAAUUUUCUCAUACAUGACGCUAAUGGCCAACCACAAAUGGUAAAAGUGGUUCAAAACACAAAUAAUCAGUCAGUUGCUCAAAUCAAAAUUAAACCUAAUCCUGUUAAAGUAAUAAAACUGCCAACUACAGCUGAAGGAAACAUUAAGGCCCCUGUAUUCAGAGCAGUAAAGUUGACUAAUAUCAAAUGCGCGUCAAAAUUGUUGCAGGUUGACAAUUUAGCAACUCUACAAAAACUAAAGGUUGAACCAAAAGACGUUGAAGAGACUCAGACAAAUCACGAGCCACUAACUGAAUUAAAAUUUAUACAAGCUGUGCCUCACACACAGCUUGUGAACAUACCAACCAAGUCUGAAAACCAAGUAACAAGUACUAGUACUGCAAACAUCUUUUCUUCUACAAUGUCAAACGCGUCAAGAAGGAGACACGAUUCCGACAAUGAUCCACCAGCGGAAUAUACCACAAAGAGACGUAAGCACGCUGAUAAAGUUGGCAAAGGCUUAAGGCAUUUUUCUAUGAAAGUAUGUGAAAAGGUCAGAAAUAAAGGUUUCACUUCAUACAAUGAGGUCGCCGAUGAAUUAGUGCUAGAAUUUGCAGCUGGAAUGCACGGUUCAGCAGAUAGCCAACAAUAUGACCAAAAGAAUAUUCGAAGAAGAGUAUAUGACGCCUUAAAUGUUUUAAUGGCAAUGAACAUAAUAUCUAAGGAAAAGAAAGAAAUUCGGUGGCUCGGAUUACCCACAAAUAGUAUACAAGAAUGUACAGCCUUAGAAAAAGAAAAACAGUUGAAGUUAGAACAGAUACAAAAAAAGACACAACAGUUACAAGAACUUAUUUUACAGCAUAUUUCAUUUAAGAGUUUGAUAGAAAGAAAUAAAGAAGCAGAGGUCAAAGGUGUGAAACCAUCUCCCUCAUCUGCUAUACAUUUGCCGUUCAUUGUUGUUAAUACUAGUGAUAAAGCUUUAAUUGACUGCAGUAUUUCUAAUGAUAAGACAGAGUAUAUGUUCAACUUUAACAAAAGGUUUCAAAUUCACGAUGACAUCGAUAUUUUAAAAAGAAUGGGCCUUCUGUUUGGUUUAGAUAAAGGUGAAUGUUCAGAGGAGGACAUAGAGAGAGCAAAAAAUAUGGUUCCAAAAUCAUUAAAGACAUAUGUAGAACAAAUGGGCAGAGGCGUUAUAACUAAACUAUCAACCAUGCUUGAAGAAGAGGAUGAGGAAGCCGGUGACGAGGAAGAGGCGUUAGAAGUAGAAGGAGAGGCGGACGAGGAACAGGAGGAGGCUGAAGGCAACGAGUAUAGCGACGACAGCAGUGACGUCGAUGUCUAGCGACUGCGCCCCGCACACAGCGUGCGCAACAUUUUUAAUUAUUUUGUUUAUAUUAACUAGGUGUUACUGUUGCAUGUGGGCUAAGUUUAUGUAAUAUGCCACACAAGUUCAAACAUUAUGUUAGCUUAAAACAUAUUUUGACACAAUGUAAUGAUUUAAUAUUAUAUUUAAAACAAUUCCAAUGAUACUACUAUUUUGGUACUGAAUUAAUGUAACAUUUCUUGCCAUCAUCAAUCAAGCUUAUAUUUUAAUAUAUGAACUAUAUAGGAGCAUAUGAUUGUGUGAUGUUUCACAAGAUACCAUUGAUAUUGACCUCAAUACCUAGCUCUGUAUUCUGUGUUAUAUUCUGUAACAUGUUGUCUGUAUCUUUGUUAAUUAAUUUCAUGUUCUGACAUCAAUGGAUAUUUUAUUCCAUUUGCUAUUAAAAAUUAAUCAAUGUAAUAGCUUCUAAAGUCUAGUUGAUUAUUAGCAAACAUUCAUUAUGUAUUGGGUCAAAAACAAGACAAAUUACUGUAUCAACUCGUCUAUUAUUUUAUUGUGCAAUAUCUAACACUCACUUGCUAGACUAAAAACUUUGCUCAGUGAUUACAGCUACAAUCAAAAGUUGAUAUUUUAUAAAAAUGAUGUAAACAAAUAAAGUGUGUGCCUAUGACUUGCAGUAUAAGCAAAUGGCGCUAUCAAAAUGUGUCAACUAGAUAAAAAAGAGAUUUUUAUUCAGACAUGGAAUUGUUUUAAUGAUAAGUGAAAUAAAUGUCAAUAAAAUUUUAAA